CACCCAGUUCUGUAAAAGAGGAGUUUUGGGUCUCUUGCAGAAAGAUUACCUUUAAGACUGAGCACCCGUUUGAUAACUGAAACAAGUUCAUGCUUACUAAAGAGUUUGUGGGCAAAGCGAAACCCAGUGCACACAGGAAACUAUGGCUGAACAUGGGGCUCACAUCACAACUGCUUCUGUGGUGGAUGACCAGCCAUCCAUCUUUGAGGUGGUAGCACAGGACAGUUUAAUGACAGCCGUGAGACCUGCUCUUCAGCAUGUGGUCAAGGUUCUCGCAGAAUCAAAUCCUGCCCACUAUGGCUUCUUUUGGAGGUGGUUUGAUGAAAUCUUCACCCUGCUAGAUCUUCUGCUCCAGCAGCAUUAUCUGUCUAAAACCAGUGCUUCAUUUUCUGAAAAUUUUUAUGGCUUAAAGCGCGUUGUGAUGGGGGACAUACACAAGCCUGAGAGAUUGGCCAGUGCUGGUCUCCCAAAGAAGCAGCUUUGGAAGUCAGUUAUGUUCCUGGUUCUUCUUCCCUACCUGAAAGUGAAGCUGGAGAAGCUGGUUUCUAGCCUCAUAGAAGAGGAUGAGUAUUCUAUCCACCCCCCUUCUUCCCGCUGGAAACAGUUUUAUAGAGCCUUCCUGGCAGCCUACCCAUUUGUUAACAUGGCAUGGGAAGGCUGGUUUUUUGUACAACAACUUCGAUACAUCCUAGGAAAGGCUCAGCAUCACUCACCAUUGCUGAGGCUGGCUGGAGUUCGGCUAGGUCGACUUACAAUUCAGGAUAUACAAGCUCUGGAGCACAAAGCAGCUGAAGCCAGCAUGAUGCAGCAACCAGCCAGGAGUGUUGGUGAGAAGAUAAAAUCAGCUCUGAAAAAAACUUUGGGAGGUGCUGCCUUAUCCCUCUCUACUGGCCUUUCUGUGGGAGUAUUCUUUCUGCAGUUCCUUGAGUGGUGGUACUCAUCUGAAAAUCAAGAAACCAUCAAAUCACUGACUGCCCUGCCUACUCCACCACCACCUAUACACCUAGAUUACAAUUCCGAUUCUCCUCUGUUACCCAAAAUGAAGACUGUGUGCCCACUGUGUCGCAAAACCCGGGUGAAUGAUACUGUUCUUGCCACCUCUGGCUAUGUGUUUUGUUAUCGCUGUGUAUUUAAUUAUGUAAGGAGUCACCAAGCUUGUCCCAUAACAGGUUAUCCAACAGAAGUACAACAUCUAAUUAAACUGUACUCCCCUGAGAACUGAAAGGGAUUAGGAUUUUAUCUCACAACAAAAUUAUUGCACUAUAAGGCUGAGAAACUGAUUUUCAGCACAGUACAUAGCAUUGUUUGAGUCUUCUCAUCCCCAAUUCGUAAUUAUAUGAACUCUACACAACUAGAAUUGACCCUGAAUGACAUGUUGUUAAUGGUGCCAACACCACUCCCCCCAGUAGAAAAUUCACGUAUAACUUUUGACUCCCCCAAAACUUAACUACUAACAGCCUACUAUUGA